GGAUAAAAGAAGCAAUGGAGAACACGUACAGCAUCGCCGUCGCUAACAAGUUCCUUUUGGCUUUGGGUGAGGACGAGGAUCCACUUGAGGUGCUUAAGGCAAAGGAACAGGAAAAAGAGGCAAAAAGGAAGGAGAAAUUAUCAGAAAAGGAGAACAAGACCAAGCAACCAGAGCAGCCACCUAAACCUGCUGCUAAUAAGGUGCCAAAAACAAGGGUUAUCAAGGAUUCUCAACAGCCACAGCAGCCCUCAAAAAUCCAGGAACCUAAAAAGGAUCAAGAAAAGAAACCCACAGCCAGACCCAGUGGCGGCGAUCGCAACGUGAAAUUCUCUGGGGAGUCUCGAGAAGAGCGUAACAAUAGGCGUAAUCGGGAGGAUGGCGAACAGCGACCCCCUCGUAGCCAGGGAGAACCAAGACGAGGACCUUCUGGGGAGGGCCGUCCCAAUCGUGAGUUCCGUGGAUCUGUAGGUGACAGUCCUCGUGGCGAAUUCAAUGAACGUCCUGAACGUGGAAGCGGAGCUCGUGGAGUUGGCGGCCGUGGACGCGGCGGAAAUCGUGGAGCAGGUAGAGGUGGAUUUGAGAACAGAGGAAAACGGGAUCUGGAUCGCCAGUCUCGUUCCGACAAGACGCAGCCGAGACAUGCUUACAGUGGAGUGAAACCUGUGGACAAGAAGGAGGGUGGCGGAAGCCACAACUGGGGAACUCAUCGCGAUGAAAUUGAGGAACAGCUGAUCCAGGAAAAUCAAGACUGGAGCGGUGAGAAACCAGAAGCUGAAGUAGCUGCGGCUCCUGCUGAGCCUAAAGAGGGCGAAGCCCCUGCUGCAGCAGAUACUUCGGCGGAGGAGAAGCCUCCUGCCGAAGAAGAGUCUCGUGAGUUGACUCUUGACGAGUGGAAGGCUCUCCAAAGUAACCGUGCUAAGCCACAGUACAACCUUCGGAAAGCUGGCGAAGGUGAAGACCUGACUCGUUGGAAGAAGAUGUAUGCCCUUGAGAAAAAGAAAGAGGGAGUUGAGGAGGAAGAAGACGAAGAAGAGGAGUACGAUGCCGCUGCAGAGUACCCUCAGCGUGUUGGCAGGCAAAAACACGUCCUUGAUAUCGAGUUCCACUUCAGCGAUACCCGGCGUGGUACCGGUGGACGCGGAGGUAGGGGAGGUCGUGGAGGUAGAGGCGAACGUGCCAACGGUGGUCGAGGAUUCGGUAGUCGCAGUGGGCCACCAAGGGACGGUGGAGAUCGUCCUGACCGUGGGGAUCGUGGGGACCGUGGAGAACGUGGAGAUCGUAGUGACCGUGGAGAUCGUGGGGACCGUGGUGAUCGUGGAGAUCGCGAAAAAGAACGCGAACGUGAGGUGCGCCCAGCUGCUGUUCCCCAGCAGCCGGAGCAGAGGUCGCCUCGUGGUCGUCAGAAUGCCCCUAAAGUUGACGAUGAACACGACUUUCCCUCUCUUGGCUAAAGAGAAAAUCCCAAGCUUUGUCUCCAAGAUCAUGCACGAUCGUCAUUAAUGAUAAACAAGAAAAAAAAAAAAAACAAAAACAAAAAAUGAAAAAAAAAAUAAAAAUAAUUAAAAUACAA